AUGGCAUCGCACCCUUUAGAAAUAUAUGUAAAAGGAACUAAAGUUUGGCUAACAGAUGACAAAGAAGGCUGGGUUAGUGGGGAGCUGGUAACGAAAGAAGUAAAUGGCGAGAAAGUCAAAUUAACUUUUAAAACUGAAAGAGGCAAGGAGGUUGAUGUUAAUACUACUACGACCGAUGGCAACCUCCCCCCACUACGUAACCCUCCUAUGCUGGAGGCAGUAGACGACUUGACCAGCCUCAGUUAUCUUAAUGAACCAGCAGUUCUUCAUACAAUUAGAACCAGAUAUUAUCAACGCACUAUUUAUACAUACUCUGGAAUUGUUCUUAUUGCUACGAAUCCAUUUCAGCCAGUAUCACUUUACUCGCAAGAUAUCAUUCAGGCAUAUUCUGGAAAAAAACCCGGAGAGUUGGAGCCUCACGUAUUCGCGAUUGCCGAAGAUGCUUAUCGCUGUAUGAUUCGUGAUCAAAAAAAUCAGACGAUCGUUGUAUCAGGCGAGAGUGGUGCUGGUAAAACACAGAGCGCAAAGUAUAUCAUGCGAUACUUUGCUUCUGUAGAUGAUAAAGAGAGGCCAGUUCGAAAAAAAGUUGCCAGCAGUGGAUCAGGCAUGAGCGAAGUGGAGGAGCAGAUUCUAGCUACAAAUCCCAUUAUGGAAUCGUUUGGUAAUGCUAAAACCACAAGAAACGACAACAGUUCUCGAUUUGGCAAAUAUCUUGAAAUACAAUUCGACAAUGCCACCAACAUUAUCGGUGCAAAAAUUAGGACAUACUUACUGGAACGAUCAAGAUUAGUCUAUCAACCCGAAGCGGAAAGAAAUUAUCAUAUUUUUUAUCAGCUCUGUGCUGGGGCACCUCCGUCCGAAAAGAAAAACCUUGAUCUUGGCGACUAUUCACAGUUCCAUUACCUUCGCCAAGGUGGUCAGGGAGUAAUACAGGGUGUUAAUGAUAAAGAGGAAUUCGGGCUUACUCAAAAAGCGCUAUCAAUAGUCGGUAUAACUAUUGAGACACAAUGGCAAAUAUUCAAGCUUUGUGCUGCUCUCUUGCACAUUGGAAAUAUAAACAUAACUGCUGUGAGAGAUAAAUCGAUGGUCUCGGAAUCAGAUACCGCCUUAAUUACAGCUACGAGAUUACUGGGUAUAAAUAGAUCAGAAUUCGCUAAAUGGAUUGUCAAAAAACAAAUAUCUACUCGUAAUGAGAAAAUUGUUACAGAUUUAAAUGCGCAGCAGGCCACAGUAGUUAGGGAUUCAGUUGCCAAGUAUAUAUACGCAAACUUAUUUGACUGGCUGGUGAACGUAGUCAAUGAGAGUUUGUCUGGUGAAGAAGUUGCCAAGAAUCUUAGUACCUUUAUUGGUGUACUUGAUAUAUACGGAUUUGAGCAUUUCAAGAAAAACUCUUUCGAACAGUUCUGUAUUAACUAUGCUAAUGAGAAAUUACAACAGCAAUUUAAUCAACAUGUCUUCAAAUUAGAGCAAGAGGAUUACGUUCGCGAGCAAAUUAAUUGGACUUUCAUUGAGUUCAGUGACAAUCAGCCUUGUAUCGAUAUGAUUGAAGGAAAGAUAGGAAUACUUUCACUUUUAGAUGAGGACAGUCGUAUGCCGGGUGGUAGUGACGCUGUCUGGUGUACGAAGCUAUAUCAGAACUUUAAUACUCCACAGUACAAGAAGUACUUCCAAAAACCACGGUUCUCUAACAGUGCAUUUACUGUUAGUCACUACGCUCAUGAUGUUACAUACGAUGUCGAGGGUUUCCUAGAAAAAAACAGAGAUACUGUUCCUGACGAGCAUCUUAAUCUAUUGAAAAAUACUGAAUUUGAUUUUCUCGAAGAUGUGCUCACUAAAGGAUCUGCUGUUCUAGCGCCCGCAGCCAAGCCUGCUGAUGGUAAAAGAUCAAGUGUUAUUUCGAAAAAGCCUACAUUAGGGACAAUAUUCAAGGCAUCCUUGAUAAGUCUUAUGGAAACUAUUAAUUCUACCAAUGUUCAUUAUAUUAGAUGCAUAAAACCAAACGAAGCAAAGGUUGCUUGGGAGUUUGAACCCCAGAUGGUUCUUUCUCAACUACGCGCUUGUGGUGUAUUGGAAACCAUUAGGAUCAGUUGUGCCGGCUACCCAUCCAGACUAACGUUUGAUGAAUUAGUUCAAAGAUAUUACAUGCUCGUCCAUUCUGACAACUGGAUCUUCGAAUCGCGCAAGCUCUGUUCUCUGAUACUUGAUUCUUCGAUUAAAGAACAGGACAAGUACCAAAUCGGUAUCACAAAAAUAUUCUUCCGUGCUGGAAUGGUGGCAUUCUUGGAGAAACUUCGUCAAGACAGACUUAACGAGUGUGUUACCCUAAUGCAGAAGAACAUGCUUAGACAUAUGCAUCAAAAGAGAUAUCAAGCUCUGAAGUCGGCAAUUGUAAAGACCCAAGCACUUUGUCGCAAACGCCUAGCUAUAAAAGAGCGCGAGCGUCUUCGCCGCGAGAAAGGAGCUAUUACGAUUCAGAAGAAUUGGAGAGCACAGAAGCAACGUCAACGUUACCUUUGCACUAAAUCGGUCAUUCUUAAGUUACAGACAGUUGGUCGUGGUGUGUUGGCCAGACGGACGUAUGAAACUUUGCGUAGAGAAGCGGCCGCCAUUAAGAUCCAGAAAGUCUAUCGCGGAUGUGUCGCUCGUCGUCAAUAUAAAGAUACGCUCAAGCACAUUAUUUUCAUUCAAUCAUGUCUUCGUCGACGCAUGGCACGUUCUGAGCUUAAGAAGCUAAAGAUAGAAGCGCGCUCUGCCAGCCAUUACAAGGAAGUCUCUUACAGAUUGGAGAAUAAGGUUAUUGAAUUAACACAGUCACUUGAGCAGAAGAUAAAGGAGAAUAAGACUCUCGAAGCGAGGAAUUCCAAUCUGGAGUCCCAAGUUCGAGCUUGGACCGAUAAAAAUGAGAAACUUGAGCUUGAAUUCAAGACACUCAAGCGAGAGACUGAGAUGGCUACGGUAUCUCUUAGUGGAUUCAAGACGCUCCAAGAGGAAAACCAAACUAUUGAGGCCCGUUACCGAACUUCCUUGGAGAAAAUCAAGGCACAGGACACACAAAUUGAAAAUCUUACCAACGAGCUGAAUAAAAAAGACGAUGAAGUUGCCAAAUUACGUACAACAGUUAGUAAAUAUAAGGGCACAGAGGAUCCUGCAACUGUCCUGGCUCUGAAACAAGAAAUUGCUGCUCUUCGAGAACAAUUGACCAAACUUAAGACCUCUGGUAGAGGGAUGUCACCGCCUCCUCCGCAACAAAGACUUGAGAACGGCUUCUUGACUGCUGCUAACACCUCUUUGAAACCUCCGUCUACAAAGCGUCGUGGACGAAGACACAGUUCUGCAGAAUCUUGGGGUCCGAACGAGAUUGCAAAGCAAAAACCCAAAACGUCAUUGGAUUUAGCAACCGCAGAAGCCAAAAAGGGAGGGUUAAGACCGGUAUCAGUAUCAUACAUGCAGCCUGUGCCAAAACUUCGUUCUGGAGGACGUAUUCACUUACCUGGCACCGAGGAACCUGAAGAAGAGAUUAUGAAAAUGCUUGAGGACGAGGACUCUCUCGACGACGAAGUCAUUAAUGGACUGAUUACAUCAUUAAAAAUACCAUUGCCAAGCCUGCAAAAUCCUCCGCAUAAAAAAGAAAUAUUAUUCCCGGCCCGUUUGAUCAGUCUCUUGGCACAGCAAAUGUGGAAAUUCGGUUUCAUUAAAGAGUCCGAAAGAUUAUUUGCCAAUGUCAUGAAAACUAUUCAAAGUCAUGUUAUGGAUACGCAAGGUGAGGAUGCGAUUUUACCGGGAGCAUAUUGGUUGUCCAACGUCCACGAGCUGUUAUCAUUUGCAGCAUCUGCCGAAAAUGAUAUGCUGGCUGGCGUGAACCCCGCUGCAGACGCUCAUGGAAGGGUCUUUGAAUGGCACGACUAUGAGAGACUGGUUUCAAUAGUAAAGCAUGACUUGGAGAGCUUGGAGUAUAACAUUUAUCACACCUGGAUGAAGGAAUUGAAGAAACGACUGUAUAAGAUGGUUAUACCCGCUGUUGUUGAAAGCCAGUCUUUGCCUGGAUUCAUCACAACAGAGGGGCGAUUGUUUACCAAAUUUAUCGGAGGGCAGACCAGUCCAGCGUUCAGUAUGGAUGAUUUGUUGAACUUCCUCAACAAAGUCUGGAAGGCGAUGAAAUCUUAUUACGUUGAGAUGACUGUCAUUCAACAAGUUGUUACAGAGCUAUUGAAACUGAUUGACGUAACUUCUGCUCAUGGAAACGAGUAUAAUAUGACACGAAUCGAAGAAUGGUGUAAGAGUCAUGAAAUGCCAGAAGGAACAUUACAGUUGGAACAUCUAAUGCAAGCUACGAAAUUAUUACAGCUUAAGAAGGCAUCGUUAGGCGAUAUCGAGAUAAUUUACGAUGUCUGUUGGAUAUUGACUCCAACUCAAAUCCAAAAGCUUAUCAGUCAUUAUUUCGUUGCUGACUAUGAAAAUCCAAUCAGUCCUGAAAUUUUAAAAGCUGUCGCAAGCCGAGUUGUUGCCAAUGAUAAGAACGAUAUUCUACUUCUCGACACUACACCACUGGAGGACUCGGGACCAUUUGAAGUUCCGGCACCCAGGCAGGCCGUAGUACCCGAAAAUUAUAUGCCAGCUUGGUUAAACCUACCACACGUAAAGAGAAUCAGCGCAUUGGCAAUACGUUAA